CACCAAUGUCGCAACAAGAAUAUGCCGCCUCCCGUCCGCCGAACACAGCUGCCUCGGCAGGCACUGCGUCCAUCCAAUGCACGACCGACCGAAACCACAUGCCCACGCCAAUUCUCGUAUAAGCACCCACGCCAAUUCCUCAUCACCCACACAGGCGCGUCGCGCCCGCAGCUCCCCUUCCUCUAUCCCUCUGGUCAACACCUGUCCAGUGGGCAGAUUGCGCGAUUGUUCUCGAUCAGCGCCAACCAUAAAAAGUUCAUCAAAGAAACAGCGAAAUUGAGUGUGCGGUAUUCGAUCCUCAUAUUCCUGGUCUCGUCAUGCGUCAGUGUCGCCGGUAUGGGAAUUUUGAGCGAGCAGCAGGAACGCGCAUUCCCUUCACCCCAUGAAUGGAGUCUGAUCACGAGGUUUCGUUUCAGAAGAGGGAAGUGGUGGCAAGUACCCGAGAACAACGAGGAGGAGGGCUUCCCGAACUGGGCGCGAGUCUAUGAUGAGCUUGAUCAAGCGCUCAGUCGCUUGGAAGACCCAGAAGUAGAUGGGGCUGGCCUGGCCGAGCAAGAAGAAGGAGGGACUCUGGUCCCUGGUGUCGGCAAAGCAGGAUUAGACAUCACUGCAAAAAGCGAAGAAUGGCGACAGGGCUACUUUGAAGUACUGUUAGACAUGGCGGCAGCUGCGGAGCGUCUGGAGGGAUGGGUCACAGACAAAUGGAGAAGAUACGUAUGGGCGCCCGAGUUCGUCGAAUCAAAAUCGAACCCACGACCGAAAGCCGUGCUACCGGGCAUGCCAGAAGUGCCAGACGAGGACAGCCGUGUAUCUGCUAGCGACAGUCCAGAGAGCUUCUACUUGAAGAUCAUCACAACGAAAGGAUUUACCACACACCAGCGUGUUACUGCAGCGCUUGGCUACGCUGACUGGCUGAGCUUUAAGAAGCUGCCCGACUCGGCGGAAGAAAUGUACCGCUGGGCGCUCGACAUCGCCAUCUCAGGCCUACCGACGACCGACCCUUCCACCGUUAUCGACCGUCAGACCGCAGUACUUUCCUCGACCGCGCCGAAGGAGCUCGUUACACCGAACAUCGUCUAUGCUGCAACAAAUCUGGCCACUUUCCUCGCGGAGCAAGGGCGAGUUUCCAGCUCUCUGCCCAUUCUUGUUUCACUUCUACGUGCACGUCUAUCCGCCGACACUGCACCUCUCUCACCCGGCAACAAACCACAGGACUCGAGUAUGAUAGGCACAAUACUGAGCUUGCUGAAAGAGCCAGACUAUCCUCCAGUACCGCCUUCCGGAGACGAGCCCCUCCUGCGUCGUGAGCAGGACCGCUGCGAAGAGGCUGCACUCAAGAAUUACAUCGGCGAAAUCCUCUUUGCCACUGGCUCUUCUCCUGAGCAGCGUCAGCAAGGACUGUCCUGGGUUCGUGAUGGCGUAUCAACCUCGAAGACCGCACAAAUCCUGGAACCCAUUAGUGGUGAUGACGAGCUUCGCAAGAAAUGCGAAAAGUGCGAGGAAGUUGGCCUCGAAUCAUGGGGUAAAAUUAUGACAUAUCUCGCAGCUGAAGCACGCGAUAAACGUGACUCCGCGACUAGCGGUGGUUUGACAGGACUGAUCUGGAAGCUUCGUGGCACUCAGAAGCUUGAACAGGAUGUGGAGGAUUUCGAGGGCGAGGAAGAAGGUGUCGUAAUGAGACUGAACAAGCUCAGAAGCAAGAUGCUGAGGGAUGAGUACGCAGAGUUGGAUCGGAAAUACGCGAGGAUUUUCGUAUUCUAGGUAUCUAAAACAUGUUGCAGGUGCUGACGCACUUCAUAUGUCAAUGCUUUUCUCACUGUUCAAGCAGAGUCGGAAACAAUUGAAGGUUUCAUGGCAGUUCGAAUACCUAAGCCAAGCUCCACGACAAUCUCCACGAGCCUUUUCCUACACAU